UUGUUGACAACUAAUCAAUGCUUUACGCGUGAAAUGUGCGAACAAUUAAUCGCGAUUUGAAUCAACAAUUGGACGGUUUGUGUCACUCAUUGGCAGCGUUUGUCUCAAUGAGUCGCGUAUCCAAUGAAUGCCACCUUUGAGUGCAACCCACGAGUGAAAGCCAUUCAUUGACUCUGAGUUUCGUUUCGUUAGACUUGUAGUCAGUUUGCAGAAGUGUUUUACUAAUUAAUGUCCGAUUGAUGUCUUCGGAGGAGAUCCCGGCCAUGACAUCGGUGUCGGCCGCCAAUGGCGGUGACGGCGAGGGGUUGGAUGCUUUGGAGGGGUUGAGAGAACUCGAGAAAUUGAUUUCAGAGGCAAAGGAGUUUGACACCAAAGACAAGAUCUCUUUCAAUGGCAACAAAAUGCUGAACGACUUGUUGGACAAACCCAUUGGUCUCAAGAGUGACGCCACGGAUGAGCCGCAAGAAGACGCCGACGACGAGGAAGAAGUGUCCGAAGAGGACGACAUUUCGGGCGACGACGAGGAGGAGGACGAAGAAGAGGACAUUUCCGUCCAAAAGGGAACCAAACGAACCGCUGAUGACAUUGACUGCGAAGACAGUGAAGAGGAAGAUGUGAAGCAUGAAGACAAUCAGUCAUCACAUAAUGAUUCAAAUAUAAAGUCUAAGAAAAAGACUAAAAACCCAAAGAAGGAGAAGAAAGAGAAGACAAAGAAGAAGAAGAAGAAGAAGUCAUCGAAUCCGACGCUCCGGAAGAAUAUAAAGACAAUUCUGAAUGAAUCGGAUUUAGAUAAAGAGACUCAAAGAGCCCGAAAGGAAGAGGAGGAGAGGAUUCAGAGACAGAAAGAGCGCUCUCACCAACGGUUACAAGAGAUUCAGUCACAACACAAUCAGUCACUUAAUCACUCAAACAAUGGCUUCUUUUCCCAGAGAUUUGCCGAAAUUCCAGACGAAGUCCCAGAAGUGCUGUUAAGUAGUGAUGAGGACGUCAAACAUACGCCUCGAAAACAAAUGCCAUUCAAUGGCCAUACCUCAGGGUCUGCUGAAGUGAUAGACCUGUCAUCCGGUGAUGACGAGACCACAGCAACUAAUAACGGAUUAUUAGAUCUAAGAUCUCUAGAAUAUAGGAAUAGUGGCGUUAAUUUAGACUAUAAUAUGGUCGACGCCUACGAUGACAACGACGUGUCCAUCAUUGACAACAACACCAAUGGCUAUGACUGCGAAAACAACUUAGAAGACGUGAAUAACUGCGGGACGCAUACCGAUGACUCUCUGAACACACCGGACGGUGAGGGCCGAGUGUUGGUCAAUGUGGCGCACCCUCCAGAGGACCCGGAUAUCUAUUUGCCGCCACAAAUCGCGCGAUCAGUGAAACCGCACCAAAUCGGAGGCAUACGCUUCCUCUAUGACAAUGUCAUUGAAUCGCUCGAGAGAUAUAAGAAGUCCGCGGGUUUUGGGUGUAUUCUCUCGCACUCCAUGGGUUUGGGCAAAACAAUGCAGGUCAUUUCAUUCAUCGAUGUCUUUCUAAACCAUACGGACGCUAAACACGUCUUAUGUAUAGUCCCUAUAAAUACUCUCCAGAAUUGGAUCUCAGAGUUCAAUAUGUGGUCACCAGAAGACGGAACGAUUGACAAGUACUUCAAAGGGAAGACCGGCGAUGAGGUUACGUACAGAACAUUCAAAGUGUUUGCAAUAAAUGAGGCCAAAUGUAUGACAACGAGAGCUAAAGAGAUCCUAAAGUGGCGUAACUUUGGAGGCGUUUUGCUGAUAGGCUAUGAAAUGUACCGAAUUUUGACUUCAGAUAACCGGACAAAGUCUAAGAAGGAUGAAGACAUUGACCCCAAAAUAAUGGACAGCAUUAACACUGAAGUGAAGGCAGCGAUUGUAGACCCGGGACCUGAUCUGGUGGUGUGCGAUGAGGGCCACCGCAUAAAGAACUGUAACGCAGCCACGAGUCUGGCCCUCAAGAAUAUUAAGACAAAGCGGCGAAUAGUGAUGACGGGAUACCCCCUCCAGAACAGGCUAAUGGAGUACUGGUGUAUGAUUGACUUCGUGCGCCCCAACUAUCUCGGACUCAAGACUGAGUUCACUAACAUGUUUGAGCGCCCCAUCACUAACGGCCAGUGCAGUGACUCCACCCCAUACGACCGACAGAUCAUGAAAUACAGGGCACACGUGUUGUACCAAUUGCUCAAAGGCUUUGUUCAACGACGAAGUCACUCUGUCCUUCAGAAAGCACUUCCAGUGAAGUGGGAAUACGUUCUUAUGUGUCGUAUGACUCCCAUUCAAAAGGAUCUGAUGAUUGCAUUUCUCGACACCGCUAUUAAGGAUCCGGACUCUCUCGGGACAGUCAAGGGUCGCAUCUCGACGUUAACCCUGUUUGCCGUGUGCUGUAAGAUCUGGAAUCAUCCGGAUAUCGUCUACGAUAUCACACGCAAAGGUAUUACAACAGAUGAUCUCGAUAUCGAUUUUCAGCCCAAGAAUAAUAGCAAGAAAUUAGCGAAAACUAAUCGGCGGAAGAAACCAAAUAACGAAUUGACGCCGAAGUCCGAAACGGAUGGCUUGUUAGCGAAAGCCAAUCCUUACAGCGAUUUGAUGAACAGUUUGUUCAGUACUCCAUUGCGUCCCAAGAAUAAUGACGGUGUGAUUGACUACUCGUGGGCUGAAGACAAACUCCGCGGCUAUGCUGUCGGUCUCUUUGAGCACUCAUACAAAAUGUUGUUAUUGUUUGAGAUAAUCCGCGAGAGUAUGGCAUUGGGUGACCGGCUUCUGGUGUUCAGUCAGUCGCUGAUGACAUUAGACUUAAUCGAGCGCUUCCUUCAGUCACAAGACGUGCCAAAGACACGCACGAAAUGGGCGAAGAAUGACACGUAUUAUCGGUUGGACGGCUCCACCUCUACUCACGAGAGGGAGAGAUAUAUUAAUCUGUUUAACAACACGACAGACGCGCACCUCUUUCUCAUAUCGACGCGCGCCGGUAGUCUUGGUAUCAAUUUGAUUGGUGCCAAUCGUAUCGUUAUAUUCGACGCCUCGUGGAACCCCUGUCACGACGCACAGGCAGCCUGUCGUAUAUACCGUUAUGGACAGCCAAAGCCGUGUUAUAUCUACCGUUUGGUAUGCGAUAACUCAUUGGAGAAGAAGAUAUACGACCGACAAGUGAACAAACAAGGGAUGGCUAACCGUGUGGUCGACGAGCAGAACAUUGAGGCCACCUUCACAUGGAAGGAGAUCAACGGACUUCUGGACGACUUGCAUCACAUCCAGGAGCCGCCCAUUCAGGUGUUCACUGACCAGCAAUUGUCGAAAUUGGACGACGAGUUGAUCCGAAGAAUAUGCGUCAAACAGAACCACACGAUAACACGCCUUCCCUUCGAACACGAGUCCCUUCUGUUGGACCGAAAGGAGCAGAAGUUGAGUUCGUAUGAGAAGCGCAUGGCUUUCGGGCACUACAACGAAGCCAAAAGAGCCAAAGCCGGCAACUUUGACCUCUCGUCGUCGCCCUUUGCAGCCCUCAGAACUGGCGGUGGCUUUGGCGGCAGUUUUCCCAACUUUGGUUUGCCUUACAAUAUGUCGACGCCUUCACUGCCCUCUCAGAUAACUCCGGCGCCGCAGUUCUGCUUCAAUGGCGGCGGCAAUUCAUAUCCCGAUAUCUCGCAACCUCUGCCCCCAUACCCGCCACCGCCUAGAGGUCAGUCAUCGCAACAAUUUGUGAACUUUGAGUCCAUUGCCCAGCAUUUGGUGCAAAAUGGAAAUUCGGUCAAAAAGGUUAGGGUUCCCAACGACUUGUCCAUUAGUGUCGGUCCCAACACUAAAGUCAGUAUUAAGAAAGGCGAAGAAGUUAUGGUCAUUCAGACACAGAAGGGAACGUAUUUGAGAACAAAUGAGGGAAACAUUAUCUCCAUUAAGAACCCGAAUUCAGCCUUUUCUGCACAGACUUUGCCCGCAUUUAUAACGAAUCCAAACGAUUCCUUUGGCAUAAUUCAGCCAAACCUGGGAUGUGGAGGAACUGUGCACUAUAUGUCACCCUCUCAUUCACGCGUGUCCUCCACUGUAUCGCAUCCUCCAGAAGUGGUCCAAUUGAGUGACGACGACGACAGUCGGGACAGCAAAGAGAUUACUUGUAAUAUAAACUCGACAUUAGACUCGACACAAACCCUGAGCACAGCUACAGAGCCGUCUUUCUUAGCCAACGGAUCGAUGGAUGGAUUCAAUCAAUUCAUGCCAUCGGAGCCCAAAGAGGAGAACCAAUCAUUACAUUCGACACAACAUUUAAAUGAAGACAUUUAUAACGAUUUUGGUCUCAAUUCAUCGCAAACACAACUGCCGUUUGACUCGAUAUUGGAGUCUCCGGUGAACACCUCGUCAUUAGAGUCCGAGUCCGCUAUGGAGACGAACACCCCUUCACUGUUCACCACAACUCCGACGACGCCUUCAUCUCAACUCAACGAAAUGUGCCCCUAUGGCCUAUAUGCUGAACAACUAUCGGGAACUGCUUUCACAGCACCCAGGGAUCAGAACGAGAGAGCGUGGUUAUAUCGGAUCCGGCCAUCAGUUAUUCACAGCCCAUUCAAAGCAUACAAUGGAAGUAACCUAACCUCCAAUUGGGACCAAAUUGAACCGACACCUAAUCAGUUGCGAUGGAAUCCAUUCAAACUGCCCGAAGAUAAUAAUAAAGUGGAUUUUGUGGACGGUUUGAACACCUUAUGCGGUGCCGGAGAUCCGAGGGCUCGCAACGGAAUCGCUGUUCAUAUUUAUGCCAUCAAUAGUCCGAUGAAAGACAAGUGUUUCUACAAUUCUGACGGAGAUUUCCUUAUUGUCCCGCAAACAGGAAAACUGUUUAUAACCACAGAAUUCGGAAGAAUGGAAGUCUCGCCCAACGAGAUCUGUGUUAUUCAACAGGGAAUGAAGUUCUCGGUGGACGUCAACCAGCAAUCCCGGGGUUAUGUCCUCGAAGUAUACGACAAUCACUUUGUUUUGCCUAAUUUAGGGCCCAUUGGAGCCAACGGUUUAGCAAAUCCAAGAGAUUUCUUAACACCGACCGCUUAUUAUGAGGACAGACUCUGCGACUAUAAAGUUGUCAAUAAGUUUAUGGGAAAGUUAUUUGUGGCACAACAACAGCACAGCCCGUACGAUGUGGUCUCUUGGCAUGGAAAUUAUGCACCAUAUAAAUAUGACCUCGCUAACUUUAUGGUCAUUAAUUCUGUCUCAUUCGAUCACGCUGAUCCAUCAAUCUUUACAGUACUCACGUGUCCAUCGGUUAAGCCGGGGGUUGCGAUCGCAGACUUUGUAAUAUUCCCGCCCCGUUGGGGAGUGUCUGACCACACAUUCAGACCCCCAUAUUAUCAUCGCAACUGCAUGAGUGAGUUCAUGGGUCUCGUGUACGGCUCAUAUGAGGCCAAAGAGGGAGGCUUUAGACCCGGGGGCGCGAGUCUGCACUCAAUGAUGACACCCCACGGACCUGACGUCGAGUGCUUCCAAAAGGCAACCAACGCUCAACUCAAUCCACAGCGAGUGGCCGACGGGACUAUGGCUUUUAUGUUCGAGAGCUCCUUAAGUUUAGUGACCACUGAAUGGGGUCUGAAAUCGUGCCAAACAUUGGAUGAAAAUUACUACAAGUGU